AAGCAGAAGAGCAAAUGUGUUCCCUGGACACGGUGGAGUUUUUUCGAGAUACCUUCGGUAUCCCGAAAAGUCCCUGCAGUCUAGACGUUCCCUUUGUCACUGACAGGACAGUUCAGGAUUAACAAAUGUUGUUUAUUGGAACAUUGAGAUAUUUGUCUUUUUCUGCUUACUUCCUGCGUGCCUCAAGAAUCCUGAUGAGAUGAAAAUCAUUCUGAAGUUCACAUUUUGCUUGCUACUCUCUAGGGCUGCUUUGUGUUCAAACCAAAUUCCAAGAAAAGAAGGAUCUCUUCAACAGUUAACUGUCCUGGGAGAAUUCUGUAAUUUUACUCUGGCUCCAAAUGCAACAAUUGAGGAAUUUCUCCCAGGAUUAUCUAACCUUCAACUGUUGCCCUGAUAUGUUGUUCUUCAGCUUCUUCUCAUAAAGAGCCAACGUGAAGGUGAUUAUUUUAGCGAAGGAAAAAAUGAUUCAGAGGACAGUGGUCUACGAUUUGCUACUUGCCAGUUGUUAUGGAAGCAGAUCAAUUCUGAAAUGGAGAAAAUACAAGAUGAACUGAAUAAACAGUUAUUUGAUAACCUAAUAAAUUUUCUGAGACAGUCUCACUCUGAAUUCCAAACAGAGAGUACAGAAUGGAUGUGUCGGAUGAAGUCCAGUGAAAUUCCUACUGCAGCUCUUGUCCUAGGUGUAAAUGUUACAGAUCAUGACUUGACAUUUAAGAGUCUCUCAGAAGUUCUGCAGGAUAGCAUUACUCCUUAUGUAGUCUCACUGCAAGCCAAAGAAUGCCCAGGCAUAAAACACCUGCUGCAGAAGUUGAUGGGACAGCUAAUGAACUGCUAUGUAGAUGUGGAUGACUCUGAAGAGGAGGAAUGUGUUAACAUUUCCCAGAAAAAGAUGCGCUGUUCUAUGGCUUCUCUUUCCCAAUGGUACAAGGAUGUGACAAAGAAAUCAGGCUUUGAAACGUCAAGCAAAAAAAGAACUUCCUCUUCCAGGCACUGGCAAUCUCCUCCAAUUGUGGUUAUCUUCAAGGACAUGGAAAGCUUCACAACGAAAGUACUUCAGGACUUCAUUGUUAUCAGCAGUCAGCACAUACAUGAAAUCCCUCUUGUACUCAUUUUUGGAAUUGCCACGUCUCCAAUGAUCAUCCACAGGUUACUUCCUCACUCUGUUUCUUCUCUGCUGUGUAUAGAACUUUUCCAGUCUCUUUCCUGCAAAGAGCACAUGGCUACAGUAAUUGACAAGCUCCUUCUGACAACUCAGUUUCCCUUUAAACUAAGUGAGAAAGUGUUGCAAGUUCUAAUCAACAUAUUUUUAUACCAUGAUUUCUCUGUGCAGAAUUUUAUUAAAGGAUUUCAGCUGUCAGUUGUGGAGCAUUUUUAUUCCCAGCCCCUUAGUGUGUUGUGCUGCCAGCUCCAGGAAGCUAAGAAGAGAAUAAAUUCUUUAUCACACAAUCAGUGUGAAAAUAUUCGAAGUCUGCCAUCUUUUAGAAGAUAUGUGGAAAGUCAAGUCUCAGAAAAACAGAUUGCACUGCUGACUGAGGACAAUUUUUUGAAGGAGGUUACACAGACAUUAUUGGAAGACUUGAAUAGUUACCAUGAGAAUUAUUUUCCAGUUCUGAGAUGCCUUCAUGUUUUCACAAGUUCUCUUCCAAAGUAUCCUUUGGGCAAACAGAUCAGAGAGCUGCACUGUGCAUGUUUGGGAAAGAGAGUAUGGGAAACAGAAGAAUAUGGGUCAGCUGUUCAGUUAAUGAGGAUGUUGGCUAAGGCUGAGUUGGUGGCCAUACUUCAAAAAUGUGUGGAGAUUUUUACAUCAUCUUCUGGAAAACAGUUUAGCAACACGAUAGAGAAAAUGGAGGAGUUCCUGACACGAUUUCAAAAUCUGGAAGUAGCAGAAACAAAUGAUAUACAAGAUGUGUCUGUGUCAUCACAAAAUGAACUUCAGAAGAAGACCGACCUCUAUCAUCUUCAGAAGACUUUGCUGGAAUUGAAAGAAUCAAAAAGGUCUAAGAAAUUAACCAAGUUUGAAAUGCUCCGGUUCGAAGUUGUUGACUUUAUAGAAAGUCUCGUAAGAAGUUACCUUACUCCUGCAGAGAUGCAGACCCUGAAUGAGGUGGUGUAUUUCAACACAGCUAACACCCUCCGUGAGCACUUGAAUGCUGCCCCACGGAUUGCUCUUCACACAGCUCUGAACAACCCCUAUUGCUACCUGAAAAAUCAAACUUUGAAAAGUGAUGUAGGAUGCAUUUCUAACACUGCUCCUGACAUAUGCAUAGCAUAUAAACUUCAUUUGGAGUGUGGCAGAUUAAUAAAUCUUGUUGACUGGUUAGAGGCUUUUUCAACUGUAGUAACUGCAGUUGAAGGAAAAGACUUAGAUUCAACGGCCACAGACCAGAUGGAUGAAAUUAUUCAUGCUCGUUUUAUUAGAGCUGUUUCAGAACUGGAACUUUUAGGAUUCAUAAAGCCUAGCAAGCAGAAAACCGAUCACGUGGCAAGGCUCACCUGGGGAGGCUGUUAAAUGAUAGAACAAAAGUCUACAUGUGAAGGUUCAUUACAGCACAUGGAGAACAGCACAGCCGCUAGGAAAAAUUAAUCGCUGCUGUAACUACUGAUGUUGAGUUAACUAAGGAUGAAUUUGACUUAUGUACUAUAUUCUAAUUGCCAACAAAAUACUACCUCUUUUCUAUACUUCAUUUUGUAUGGACAAGGGGUCAGUUUUAGUACAUAAUUUAAUAUUCACUUAAAAUUGCAAAAUUCUGACCAGUUCUGUAUUAGUUUUCCUUUUUUGUAACAUAACAUAUAUGUUAGAUCAUAGUGGUGGUGAAGAGCCAGGAGCCCAGAAUGAAAUUUGUUGACGUUUUCUUUUAGAUGUAUAAACUAUGAAUAUUUAAGUAGUGAUGUUAUGAAAUGUCCUCCAGAUACUGCAUAUUUUCAAAAAGCCUAUAUGAUUUUCUGAGAAAUUCAAUAGCAAGUCUGUCACCAGCACCCACUGAGCACUGCCCUACCAGCUGCUGUGGGCUGAGCAGAACUAUUUGAUGAGCCUGGUGAUGGUGUUCUGGGAAGACUUGUCUAUAAACAGAAGAAAACCACACUUCUGUAAUGAAGGAUGAAGGAAAAUGAAGGAAAAGUAUUCCUGAAGGGACAGUCGCCAUCUAUACUGUGCUAUUUGAAAACAUUACAGCUGGAUGGUAAAUAAGCCUUUUAAAAAUACUCCUUUAGUUAACCUGUUAUCGGUCAGAUUUCCUUAUUGGCAUAGGAGAAAAUAGUGAACGUUGAGUAGUUAUUAAUGUUGAAGGAAGGUAAUAAAAAAUACCCCUUUAUUCCUGUUUCUCCUUGCAUUCUUGCCCUCAAGAUUUUUAUUGUGUGCUGGGACAAGCAAGGAAAACAGCUGCAUGGGCCUAAUACAACUGUUUACAUGCUGUUAUGACAGCUGUCCCGCCACUGACAUCACUCGCUAGACAGAAUGUUUCAAACUAUUUGUGCCCUGGACAAUCAAUGAAGCAAGUUUAAUCAUGAGGCCAUCCUACUGACAUGUAGAUAUGAAGACAGAACAACUAGAGUAAAACCCUAGCAAUUCUGAAUUGUGUGUAAAGUGCCACCAGGGUGGAGGUACAAAUUGGGCUCCUAAACCAAGUCUACAUUAUUUUUUCAGCUCUAAAAACUUGCAAAGCAGAUUAUCCUCAUACAGUAAUCUCUUGUGAUUAUUGUUGAAGUAACUUCCUGGGCAGGGGGGAAAAACAGUGAUUAUGUACAGUGUGUUGGACCUUUUUUAAAGUUAGAUUGAAGAUCUCAUGAUGCAAUAGUGUGGACAAACUAGCCUACUUUAAAGCAAGGACCAAAGUUUUAUUUUCUUUCAUUCUGAAGUGAUUUUAGCACAUGGUAUUAGCUGAUGAAUAGUACUUAGCUAUAUUCUCAGUGUGCUAUGUGCAGAUUUCAGCCCAAAGUACCUUACUACCAUUACUAAGAGCUGCAUUGCUCAAGGGUUAGCAGUUAUUCCUGAAGCCCAACUAAUGGAAAUUUUGUCUGGUAAUUGCAUGCUGUCCAAGACUACUUUCCCCAUAUUUUCUUCAAAAAAACUAAAUUCCUUAGGUUGUCUUGCUUUCUGAAUAAUUGCAUUCCUGAAGCACCCCCUUCCAUGUAGGAAAAAAUAAAUUCUGCUCAUUUGUUUUGAUUAUAUUGUGCCUCUUUUUACCUAGUUUUUGUUCUGCACUUACUCUAUUACUACACUCUAAAGUUACUUUAACAAAUCUCUGUUUAUCCUUGGAAGUACUUAAUGAUCUACUCGUUCUUGGCAUUUUUUUCCCUCUUGAACAACUGAAGUUCAUACGUGCUUAGUAGCUGUGUUUUAAUAUUCCAUGCUUGAGUAAUGAGAAGCUGGAUAGAUCUGUAUAGGCAGAGUGCUAAAUGUGGAAAAUGUGAAAAAUGGCAUGUUUACAUUUCUGUGAUAGAAUAUACACAAGAUGUACUCAGACAUGUUAGUUAACACAAUUCAUGGCAAUAUUGCUUAUUGUAGGAAGUCUUGUUCAUAUAGUUUGACUUGAAUCCAACAAUAGUUCUUAUCAGUAGUGAUGACCAGAAAGAUGUAAGGUUUGAAUGUAGGUGAAGCCAGUGCAUUUCCUGGAGAUGAGAUAUCCCAUACACAAGUAAUUACUUAUACCCUUCCUAGUGUUGACACACAUGGUAAAAAUGAUUCCUUUCUAUCAUUUCACUGCUUCCACUUAAGUAAGAGAGAAUCUAGAAGUUACUUUGGGGAAGUCCUAUAGCCUGUUAUACAGGUUAGACCGGAUGACAGUGGUCCCUUCUGGCUUAGGAUUCGAUAUUGAUGAUUCUGCCUCCCUGCUACGGUUUCUCUUGCAUGCACUACUUGUUUCACAAGUGUUUCUAUUUGACAGCUUCAUGUGGGAGGCUGGGUGUGGGCAGCUAGAUUACAUAUCCCAAGUUUGUCCAGCAUCAUUUGAAUUGGGAAGAAACAAAAUGUGAUUUUCCAAUGACCAGAAUAUUUUUGUAUGUGCUUGUUUUCUGUGGUGUAUAGUUUUGUCUGUUUUUAAUAGAUCCCUAGCUAUAUUUAUCCUUUUCUGCUGUACAUUUCCCUCAAGUUUGCAUAUUUGUUUUGUUAAAGUGCCAGUUAUUUCUAUGCAUUGUUUAAUAAAUGCUGUAACUCCCUUUCCUAUCCUUGAUGUUGCUUUGAGAUCAUAAUUGACUCAUAUGCUACUCAUGUAAAUGAACUAUACUUCAAUAUUUUUGCCUUCUAAAUGCUAUUGCUUCACAUCUGUGUUUCAAGGAUGUUUGUUUUAGCAAAACUAAUUUUGAGCCUUGCAAGUGCCUAUUUUUUCUAAAUUGUCUGCAAUUCUUAUCUUCAUUCUACACCACUGUUGGCACACAGGGUGAAAACAUCUACAUGUCUCAUCUAUCAUGAUAUAUUGGUGCUUGUUUCUAAAUAACUUCAUAAUCUGGGUUAUGGCAGUGUCAAAUAUGUAGCCCUGUUUCAUGCCAACAUCCACACUGAACCACACGGGCUGGUUAGCCUUGGAGAACAUUUCCCAUCUGGUCCUGUGACCUUGAUGUUUUUGAAUAGAAUGAUGUUGUACUGCAGAAUAUUCCACAGUGUAUCCCUGUGAACUGUCAAGUCUUGUCAGAAAAAAAUAGAACUUGCCCUUCUAUACAAUAAAUACAUUCUUUUGAGGGUAUCUGAUGUACAUAAGCUCUCCUGAGCCUGAUGCAUCUGGCAAUGGCUGUUAUGCCCAAGACUGGAUAAAAUGGGAAAGGUUGAGCCUUGUGAAAACAUACUGAUCUAGGCACAUGCUUCAAGCAAGAGAAGAAAUCUCAUUUACUCUGGCCAUUGUAACAGGCAGUCAUGCUCAUUGACAGAUUGGGGAGGGAGGGUAGGAGAUCAGUCAACUGGGAACCUUAACCCAUCAUAAGAUGUCAAUCAUAUAGCACUAUGUUCUGACAAAGGAACAAACUAAUGAGGAUAAAGUUAUGCAGUUCCCUCCAAAAUGGGACUGACAAUAGCUAACCAUGACUUAAUCCUUGUUCUUGGCAACAAGAAUGUCAGAAUCAAGGACUAGAAAGAGCAACUAGGGAAAGCAUGUGUUGGGAACUAUCAACCAAAAUGGUAAGACAAUUUAACAGUGCUAAGUAUCUGAGCUAACUCUUAGAAAUGCCCUAUACAGCCAGCUACCGGGUUACGAACACAUCAGCUUACAACUAUUCAUAUUUACGGCCAACCUCCUAUACAGCCGGUCCCCAAGUUACAAACGAAAUCCACACUUACAAACAGCAUGGCCGUACGUAAGUGAAUGUAAUCCAAUUUACGAACAGAUCAAGUUACGACGUAGUGUUUGGUACAUAACUCGGAGACUGGCUGUAUUCCAGGGAUGGGCAAUUUUUGCC